AGUAAACCCGCGCUGGUCUCGCUCUCCCCCGUUCAAGCCGAAGACGUGCCGGCUCUCUUGAGGGUCCACACGGCGGCCUUCAAGACCGACCAGUUCUCGAACCUGAUGCUCCUCAAUCGGGACGAGGACGCCCACCACGAGGUCAUGGGCAGGUCGAUCAGACGAUGGAUUUCGGACCCCGCCGCCAAGCUCACCAGGGCUCUGGACGAGGACGGGCGGCUGGUCGGCUGGUCGUGCUGGAUCGUCAAGACCGGGUACGAAGAGGAGCCCGCGCCUAUCCGGGAUCCGGUGGCGGACGCAGGGGCAGGCCGCGCCGAGGCAGGGCAUGCCGAACGCGGCCCUCCCCCCGAGGCGCAGAAGGAGCAAGACCCCGCACGGGCGCUGGGCGGGCUGAUGUUCAGGGACAUGACUUCGUGGGAGGGCAAGCACCUCGGCGGGAAAAGGUACGUGGUGUUGCAGGCUCUGGCGACGGACCCGCGCUACCAGCGGCAAGGGGUCGCGACCAAGCUGGUCCGGCACGGGCUCGAGAAGGUCGACUCGCAGGGUUUUCCGUGUUGGAUACAUGCCUCGCCCACGAGCCACAGCCUGUACGUCAAGGCCGGGUUCGAGGAGGUCGGGAGGAGCGACUAUGAUUUGGACGAAUGGGCACCUGGUGGCAAG